GUUAUUGUCUGGUGCUCUGGCUCCGGCGGCGGCAGAGGUGGCGGUUGGUGUUACGGUAGUAACCUCGGAGGCGGCUCGAGAGGUGGGAGCAGGUGCGGCGUGCGCGGGUCAAGUGGAGGCAGAGUCGGCGCCGCGUCCGAGCGGUCCGGGUGGAAGUAGCGCAGCGCGUACAGGAGCGGCACCGAGACCAUGGCUGGAGGCAAAGCUGGAAAAGACAGUGGAAAGGCCAAGGCUAAAGCAGUGUCUCGUUCACAGAGAGCUGGACUACAGUUUCCAGUGGGCCGUAUCCAUAGACACUUGAAGACUCGUACUACAAGCCAUGGAAGAGUUGGUGCCACUGCUGCAGUGUAUAGUGCUGCGAUUCUAGAGUAUCUCACUGCUGAGGUACUGGAGCUGGCAGGUAAUGCUUCUAAGGAUCUCAAAGUAAAGCGUAUCACUCCGCGUCACUUGCAGCUCGCAAUCCGUGGUGAUGAAGAGUUGGAUUCUCUUAUCAAGGCUACCAUAGCUGGGGGUGGUGUGAUCCCUCACAUCCACAAAUCUCUGAUUGGAAAGAAGGGACAGCAAAAAACUGCUUAGAGAGUUGUUUUAACCAGCCCUCUUCCUCCCUGUCAUUGUACUGUAACUGGGACAGAAGAAAUAAUGGGGAUACGUGGAAUUUUUAAAACAGUUAAAUGGAAAAGCAUAGACAAUUACUGUAGACAUGAUACAAGAAAUAUUUGUAUGUUCUUAGGUUCAAAGUUUGAUAAAAGUAUCUUUUCAUGUGGUAACAAUUGUGUGUUGAUUGGCUAGGUUUCUCCCAUGUGUUUUAUACAGAAAUGGAAUUGAUAAACCAUUUUUUACAAAAUUAAUUUGUCUCAAAACUGUUCUGUUUGUGAUGUAUUGGAAAGAUUUUGCUCAGACUUUGAAAUUUUUUAAACCUCAAAUUGGUUAUCAUAUAUUAGAACAAUCUUAAAACAUAAAUUAGGAAUAUAGCUUCAUCAUGAUUAAAUACAGUAUUUCAGUGAAUCUAAGAUGCUGUCGAUUGUAAUAUGCACCAUUUUUUUUUUAUAUGCCACUAAGAAAGAAAAACUGCCAAUUAAACCAUGAUUUGCCAUCAAUUAUGAGACACAUCCCAAUUUCAGAGAUGUUGCAAUAUGGGAAAAUGUGCACUUAGGACUGAUGAGAUGGGACAGCAAACUUACUUAUUGAGCACUUACCAUGUGCCGGAAACCCUGGUGGCAUAGUGUUUAAGAGCUUCGGCUGCUAACCAAAAGGUCAGCAGUUUGAAUCCACCAUGCACUCCUUGGAAACCCUUUGGGGGUGUUCUACUCUGUCCCGUAAGGGUCGCUCUGAGUCACGAUCGACUUGACAGCCACAGGUUUUUUGUUUGGUACCAUGUGCCAGGUCCCAUGCUAAGUACUUUUUGCAUGCUUAGCCUCAUACCAAUGAAUUAAAUUUUUACUCCUCCCCACCCCCAUUUUAUAGAUAUUGAACCUGAGGCUUACGGAAAUUAAGUUUUUGUCAAAAAACAUUCAGCUCGUAGUUAGAACGUGGUAUAGCCAGGAUUUAGACCUAGAGUUAGACGUCUGACUCUGGAGUCCACACUCUUACCUGGAGUUGAAGUUAAAUUUAUCAAAGUUUUCUUUUGAUUUAAAAUUCCAAAUUUUUAGUGGACUUUGAGAAAUUUGAAUUCUGUAAAUACAGACUUAAUUAUGCAAUACACAGGCAGUGAAAAGUGCCUCUUCCCUGUGGUCUUAGGUAUGCAUUAACUUUCGGAGUUGGAUUCAAUUGAAAUCAUUUUUCCUUACAGAUUUGCAUUUUCAUCUGUUCCUAAAAAAUUGGCCAGAUAUAUUGCUAUUGCUGCUUAUGGAUACACGUUCUUGUGUUUUUUUUUUUUUUCCCACUUUCAUUGCUUUUUUUUCCUUUCUAGUUUAAAAACCUGGUUCUGUUGGUAGCCUUUGACGUAAGUUGUCGAAAACAGCAGUCAGCCUAUGGUGUGAGGAAGUACAGAUGUUUUGUGGCACUGUCACUGUGAUGCCUUAGCCAGGCUGCUUUGUUGAAAUUUACCCAACCAGUCUAAAAUAGUGUUAAGACUUAAGUUUUUCUUAUUUAUAGUAAUAUUUAGUAAUUUAUACAGUCUUCUAAAAAUCAUUUUUUCUUUGUCAGCUUCUAAGUAGCUGUUACAAGAUUUAACUGAGCAAGCAUGUACCAGUUAAUGGUAUAGAGAACUCUAUUUUUCUGCCUGGGAGUCUUCAUUAAAGAAGGAAACUUUUUAAUAUUUUAUAAUACAACACCAUCAAAACAGUUCGCAUUUUAAAAAGCUUAUUUUAUUAUGGAAAAUUUCAAAAAUAUACAAAAAUAAAGAGAAUAAUAACGAACCCCUGUAUAUACCCUAUGGUCUCCUUAUUCCUACCUCCCCCCAGUGGCUUAGUUGGAAUCCUACCCGAGGCAUAAUAUAUUUUCAUGUAUACAUACAUCAGUGUGUAUCUCUGUGAGUCGGACACUUUUCAGAACAUGACCAUAGUACCCUUAAGACUGUUAACAUUUUUUUUACAUCAAAUAUCUAGUCAGUAUUUGAAUUUCCCUUAUUGUUACAAAAUUUAUUUUACAGUUGGUUUAUUUGAAUCAGGAUCCAGACAAGAUCUGUAUGUACCUUGCAUUUGAUUGAUAUCUUUUGUUUCUUUUUAAUCUGUGGAGUUUCUCUUUUUAUGUUUUUCUUGUCAUUUACUUUUUGAAGAAACUGCAUUGUUUGUUGUAUAGAAUUGUCCUCAGUGUGGAUUGUACUGAAUGUGUUCUCAUGAUAAUAUUUAAAAUUUCAUCUGUCCCCUGUAUUUCCUUUGAACUGAUAGUGAGCUCUAGAGGGGCUUUUUGGUUCUGUUGUGUUUUUUUACAAAAAUAAUUCAUAGGUGAUGUUAUGUACUUCCUAUUGCAUCACAUCAGGAGACACACAGUACCUGCUUGUGUCUCAUGUUGGAAUGUUAAGGUUGAUGAGUAAGUUUGGAUGUUGUCAGCCCAGUCCAUCCAUUGUAAAGUUCUCUUAUCACCUUUUCCCCUGACAGCUUUAGCUACUGUUAGUGAUCAUUGCCUAGAUCCAGGACUCUAUUAGAGGUUGUAAACUGGUGAUAUUCUAGUAUUCCUUCUGCAUUUAUUAUCUGGAAUUCUAUCAAGAACUUUUGUUCAUCAGUUUACAAGGUAGGAUAAAAAAAUUACACACUCUGAUUGAAUUGUCUGUGAGCACAUAUUUUGAAGAAGUUUCUGUAUUGAUGAGUCAGGAUCCACAGUUGUCCCUGUGUGAGGAUUUAAUAGUUCUCGGAAACCAAAGCAGCAACAGAAAAGAAGACAAUAAUCAAGAGACCUUCCUUUGCCUUGAAUUACUUAUGUAGGGGUGUUUUAUUAGAAUUUUCUAGAUGAUUACUUCAAAUGUCUGUUUAAUUUUGAUAGUGUCAUUAUUUGACUCUGUUCCUAGUACUGUAUUUAUGUUUUGUUUUUUCAUGGAAAACUUAACACGUACAAAAGUAGAAUAGUGUAAUGAACCUUUGACCUUUGUUCCCCUGAUGUUACUCCUGGUGUACUUGGCAGCCCAGCAGCCACAGUCAUGAUCAAUCUUGUUUAAUUUAUACUCUACCCCUUCCUUCUACUGGACUAUUUUAAAGCGUGUUGCAGCCAUCAUAUUUCAUCUAUAAUACUUCAAUAUGUAUCACUAAAAGAAAACUUAAUAAAAAACAAAAACUAUUAUCGCACCUAAAAAUCAUUUAGAAUAAUUCCAGAACUGUAUUUUAAAUAGUACAGCAGAGAUAAGUACAGUAGCACUUCAGAGAAGGGAAGGAUCUUUUUUAAUAGAAAGUAGAACUUGAACUGGGCAGAGAAGAAUGGGUUGCAUUUGGACAUCUAAAAAGAAGAGUUUAGGGUAGGGAAGCAAUGUGAAUAAUGUCUUGGGAAUUAAGAAUGGAGUGUAUUUGGGGAGUCAUGACAAAAUAACCUAAACAGUAUAUGAUUUGAGGUGGGAAUAACAGGAAAUGCAAUACUAGACUUGGUACCUAUGGCUGAAUUUAUUGUGAUGAUUCUUUUUUGACGUUUUAUGAUGAAAAUUUUCAGACAUGCACGAAAGUUAAAAUUGCACAAUGAACAAUUCUUAAAAACCCACUACCUAGAUUCUGCAACGAACAUUUUUCUGUAUUUGCUUUAUCACAAUCAUCUAUGGGAUGGCCCUGAUCUUAUUAUUUAUUUGUCCUGUUGUUAGAGAAGAAGUAUUCUUAGAUCACAUGUCAUUAUAUUAGAUGAUUGGGAGUUUUCAGUUAUCUACUGAAACAAGGUUACACAAGGGUAUGUGCUCAGUAGAACCAAGGAACAAGCUGACUGGACUGACUGUGGAGAUUGGCUUCUCGUAAUAUGAAAAGGUUUUAAGAUAAAUUCUUAAUCUACUUAACUGUGAUUUUAAGUACUUUAAGAGCUUGUAUAUGACAGUUUUCUAAACAUAUAACAUUUUAUAUUUGGCAUUUUUGAUAAUCCACAUUGCAACAGUUGUGAAAUGAAGACAUUUAGGGAGUCUGGCCUAAGCACUAGAAAGCAUGAGAACAUGAGGAUGGAAGGGGUAUAGUUAAUAUCACUUUCACAGUUUCUGUUCUGUAAGGGAGUAUGAAGUGAGUGGGGUAACCACAAAUAGAUCCUCCUCACCCUGAUCCCAGGUAAAAAUUCUUUGCUAUGAUCUACCAGUUAGGUAACUAAUAUUUCUUAAAGUACAAAUUAAAACAAAAACCCAUUGCCUUCAAGUUGGUUCCAAUUCAUGGAGACCCUAUGUGUUACAGGGUAGAAAUGCUCCAUAGGCUGUUCUUGGCUGUAAUCUUUAUGAAGGAGCCCUGGUGGUACAGUAGUUCGGCUGUUAACCAAAAGGUCAGCAGUUCAAAUGGACCAGCUGAUCCUUGGAAACCCUACGGGGCAGUUCUCUGCCCAGAGGAAGGCUGUAAGUCAGAAUUGAUGACAACAGGUUUUUGGUUUUGGUAAUUUUUAUGAAAGCAGAUUGCCAGGCCUUUCUGCAUCACAGCUGGGUGAGUUCAUACUGUCUACCUAUAAAGGUAUAAAUAUGUGGUGUUAAUUCAUACUUGGAUGAGACCCAGUCUAACUGCUGUAAUUAGUUAACCACCUAGCAGAAUACCGUGCAGCAUUUUUGAAGGGAGGGCACAUUUUGCUUUGGGGGUCUUAGGUAUACGGGAGGGAUCUGAGAGGAAAGGAUAAACAAACUGGCAGCAUUUUGGCCCCAUGACCUUUGGUCACCUGGUUUUAUACCUGGUGUCACAUGGCAAAAGGGGCUUUGCAGAUGUAAAUAAGGUUUCUACAAUAGGGAUACUAUCCUGAAUUAUCUGUAUGGGUCCAGUGUAAUCACAUGAACCUUUAAAAGCAGAAGAGAAAGACAGACUUGGAGUAGGACUCACCACGCCAUUGCUGUCUUGAAGACAGAGGGACCACAUACGUGGAAAGCAUGAGAAGGAAAUGAAUUCUGCCAGCAACUAGUGAUCUUGGAAAAGGACCUGAAUCCAGCUACGGUGUGCCAGGCUUCUGACCUUCAGAAACUUGUUUAAAGCCGCUAAGUGGGGUAGUUCGUAUGGCAGCGAUAGGAAAAUAAGAAAUGAUAAUGUUUGCAUUCUUGGACUCCUUAAAGGUAGAGAGUUAUGACUUGUUAAAAGCAGGUGAUAACAUGCCUGGUAGUGUGGGAGUCCAGUACACCUGGGUUCAAGUCCUUGCUGGCUGGCUGUGUGGCCUCAGGCAAGUGACUUAGCCUGUUUUAGUUCUGUCUUUACCCAUAAAAUGGUGGUGAUGAUAGUCUGUGCCUCACAUAACCUGACUGUUAGGGAUGCAUCCAAAAUGCUUAGCAGUGCCUGGUGCCCAGAGUGCUCCAAGACAGUUACCUAAAAAACCUGCAUUUCCCUCUUCGCUCCCCAGUCAGCACUUUUAAGCAAAGCCUUUAUUCCCAGAGGCAUAUUAACAUAGGCAGAUUAAACUCCUAAUUCAGGACAUUGAAACUGGGACUCCCAGGCCAAUCAGAGGACAGCUGCAGAAAGUACAUGCAACAGGAAGAAUCAGUGCUGAUGAGGUAACUGAGUGACUUAAAAUGUCAGGAAGUGAAUCCACGGCAUGUGGCGAGCUGUAUCUGGGUACCUUCUGUGUUCCCAAAUUGGAAAUACUGUCAUAGUGCAUUUUUUAUGAAAUGUGCAAAAACCAGUUACUGGUAACAUGUGAACUAAUAGAGAAAAAAUAGCUUUGUUGAAACAGGCGUGCUAGGCAGUUAGAUAACUUUGUUUAUCUUGUCCUCUGCUUCAUGCACCCAAGAGUGAAACUUGCUUCUAGGAGACUGUAAAUUACUGUGUCCUGUGGUAUACAUGGGAAUUAGCGACACCAAGAAUAUGAAGUAUUUGUGUGCCAUGACCAACUGUACUUUUUAUGUGGUACAAGGGCUCCGUGAGCUGCUAUGGCGACAUCUGUACACAAUGGGCAUUCCAUUUAGAAACUUGUCUCAGAAAAUCAAAGAGGUGAGCUCCUUAAAUAAGGAGCUGAGACAGUCCUGGCUGUGUGGCUUGUGGCUCUGGGGACUGGUGAAUAGGGGAGAAGACCUGAGGCCCUCUUUUAUGUUGAUAUUGCUAAAUCAGUUGGAGAGUCAAAUUUUUCCAGGAUUUAUGACCCUCUUCUCUGAUGAAUUACACAAAAGCUUCCUCUAAAUUUUUUUUUUGAUAACAUUCUGGUUUUGUAAGUAAUCUCAACACAGCCACUUUACAUCGAAAAUCUUAACACCCAGAGUUAAGCUUGUUUCUUCUGGUUUGGCCCAGAUUCUUCAGGAAAGCCUAAUUCAAAAAAGCUGUUUAAUCCUUACAUCAUCUCACUGGAAGAUAUAGGCCUGCCCACUUGCUUCUAUCUGCUCUUAAUUGUGAGUUCUUUAUUUCUGGCUGUUUCCUGUUUUGAAACCUUUGGUAGCUAACCUCUGCAAAUGCUUGUAGUUGCUAAAGUUAGCUAUGUAGCUAUCUAUGUAACAUGUUAAAGUAGAUUCCAAAGGUUUUCUAUUUGGCAAUAGCCUAGUCUGGGCUUAGUACGUACUUUUGAAAAUAAUACCUUUUUUUUUUUUUUUUUUUAAACUUUUAUUGUGCUUUAAGUGAAAGUUUACAAAUCAAGUCAGUCUCACACACAAAAACUUAUAUACACCUUGCUAAAAAAAAAAACUGCUACAUACUCCCAAUUGCUCUCCCCCUAAUGAAACACCCUGCUCCCUCCCUCCACUCUCUCUUUUUGUGUCCAUUCCACCAGCUUCUAACCACUAGUACCCUCUCAUCUCCCCUCCAGGCAGGAGAUGCCAACAUAGUCUCGUGUCCAGCUGAUGCAAGAAGCUCACUCCUCACCAGCAUCCCUCUCCGUCCCAUUGUCUAUGUUUCUUUUUAAACUCUAUAAUUAAGACUUUUCACUACUAAUUUAAAUAUUGUAUUCCUUUCUAACUUCAAAUGUCUGCAUUUGUAUGUAAUGGAAAUCAUUUUAUGAACAGAUGAGUAAAAUUAGGGUUGGCCACUGACGGUGGUUCCCAAACUAUUUUUUCAUGGACCUUUUGUUACCUGGGUCAAUGUAUUCCAUAAUAAAAUUGAAUAAUGGUAGUUUUUUUUUUCUUUCCCAAAUGGUAGAAAGAACAAGUUUAUUGUCUUGUCAAUUUUUUCUUAAAGUUUUCCUGUGUUAUUUAUCAACAAAGAAUGAAAGAUUUGCACAUUAAUGUUAAUGGAAAUGCUGAACAUAUUUCAUUGGUAUAAUUUUUCCAUGGUGUGUGCUUGAUUUGAUCUUUUAUUAUAAGUAUCUUCAAAUCACAUUGUUGGUAAAGUUCAAGUUUAUAUGAUGGAUUUAAAUAUAUUCUGUGUAAAAAAAGAUAGACUGCACUAAAUAAUAUCUGAAAGAUCCCUUUUUGCAGACCAGACUUAAUGGUCUGACUGAGACUAGAAGGACCCUGGUGGUCAUGGCCCCCAGACCUUCUGUUGGCCCAGGACAGGAACCAUUCCCAAAGCCAACUCUUCAGACCGGGAUUGGACUGGACAGUGGGUUGGAGAGCCUUGCUGGUGAGGAGUGAGCUUCUUGGAUCAGGUGGACACUUGAGACUAUAUUGGCAUCUCCUGCCUGGAGGGAAGAUUAGAGGAUGGAGGGGGUUAGAAGCUGGCAAAAUGGACACAAAAAGAGAGAGUGGAGGGAUGGAGUGGGCUGUCUCAUUAGGGGGACAGCAAUUGGGAGUAUGUAGCAAGGUGUAUAUAAGUUUUUGUGUGAGAGACUGACUUGAUUUGUAAACUUUCACUUAAAGCACAAUAAAAAAAAUUUU